AUGGUCUCUUUUACCCUGAACAACCUAAUCCUUUCGGCAACUCUGGCUGCUGCAACUGUAGCCACACUCUCCUCAGCCGCCCCUGCCGUCCAUAUUCCUCGCGGCACAGCCUCGUCUGACCCCUGCGCUCGUCUCGGGGCCAAGAACGGCCGCAACAUCAAGUACAAGGACGUCGCCGACUGCUACCAAGCAAUCCCAAUUGACCGUAACCUCGCUGCCACAACGAUUAACACCGUCCACGAUCUUUUCAGGGACUACUAUGUCUUUACUGAUUCGGCCUUGACGCCGCGGGUUCCCGCCCCUUUUACCAGCGAGCCUGUCAAUAUUUUAAAGGCGCUGAAGACGAUUGGUGGGCGCAAGUAUACCAGCGACUACCAGUUCCAUACCGACGUCCGACAUGCUAUUGACACUCUGCGAGACGGACAUGCUUCCUACGAUGUUACGUGCUAUAACAACUAUAGUUUCGAACAGAACCUCAGUCUUUAUGCGCCUGUCGAGAACGGUGUUCAGGCACUUCGAGUGUACAGAGACAACGCCAACAGAGGCUACGAAGACUGCAUCGUCGACAAGAUCGACGGCAAGCCUGCCCUCGCCCACAUCCGCGCCUGGGCCACUCAGAGAGUCUCCUGCUCCCACGACGUCAGCGCCCGUCAGAACUGCGCACUUGCCCGGCAGGGCUACGAUGUCAAGAAGGCUGCCUUCCUGGAUGAGCCGGGCGAGUUCUCGUACCAGUCGUACCUUCCUGAGAAGGGGUAUGUUGAUUAUGAACUUCACUGCAGCAACAAGAAACCGUCCCAUCCAAUCCAUCUUCGGGAGGAAUGGCACGUGUAUCCUCAGUCAGAGAUCGCCUUUGAAGAUGUUGAGUCCUAUGUCGCCAAUGUCUGCUUGAAAGGAGAGGAGGAACCUGAAUCGAGUCCUCAAGGUCUCUCUCGCCCUCAUCGCAGGAACUUGGCUAUUCCCAACAAGAAACGUGGCCUCGAGGAGGAGGAAGCCCUUGCUGCUGCCGCUGGAAUGGCCCGCCGUCGUCAAGAGUUCGGUGAAGCUGAAAAACUUGUCUCUGGCAACGCGACCGUUUUUUACCACCUCAAGACUCAGCCUGAUACCGGCGUUAUGGUUGUCCAUACCUUCGAUGCUCAGGAUACAGAAGUCAACACCGUCCUCAGGGGCCUCACCGCUUUUAGCAACCGGAACGUCACCAAGAUCCUCGUCGAUUUCCAAGGCAAUGGCGGUGGGCUGAUCUCCUUGUCUUCGAACUUGGUCCAGAUGCUGUUCCCCAACAGGCGGCCACGCGAUGCUUCUUACGAAGCGGACCUGCGAGUCACCAAGUCUGUCCAGAGAGCGGCUGCUGCGGGAUUCAUGGCGGAAGAUGGAGGGUACAACAUCUACAACGCCAACGGGUACUACGACCUUAAAGCUGCAGGACCGGCACGUCAAUACGACAACACCAACUUAUUUACAAAGCCUGUCAACAUUAGUCGCAACGGACGUACCACUUUGUACACGCAAAAGACGGCCAUGUACUUUGACCCCCUGCCCAAGAAUAUCCUGAAUGCCGUCACCAAAUUCCCCUGGACUGGUCGCCGUGAGAACAUUCGCAUCUUGACCGACGGUCGCUGCGGAUCUGCCUGUGGCAUGGUCAGCUACUUCUGGACAACAACCCACGGAGUCGAGGCGUACUCGAUCGGUGGCGCCAAGGGCGAGGACCUUUCCAUGUUCUCCUUUGCCGGUGCCUCAGUCCUCACCCUGAAGGACAUCCACGAUACGUACAGCGGCCUGAACCUGACCAGUCCCUUGGGGGACCUGGCAUACAAAAACGAGGUGCGCUUCUCGUGGUUGGAGCUGUACGGCAAGAACAGGACAACUCCAUUGGAAUACGAUGCCAAGUUGUAUCGCUCCAAGCAUCGAUUGGACUAUACCAGUGCGAAUGCGCGCAGUCGUGAGGCGAUGUGGAAGGAGGUUGUUGCUGAUGCCUGGGAGUAG